AUGCAUCCUCCCACCUUCGAUGGUCGGGGCGACGCAACCUUAGCAGAAGACUGGAUUCAAGAUAUUGAGGAGUUACUCCGCGUUAUAAACUGCACGGACGUACAGAAGGUUCUAUACUCUGCUUUCAAACUAACGGGAGAAGCAAAAAGAUGGUGGAUUUCUGAAAGAACCAUCAGAGAAGCGGAAGGGACAAAAAUAGGAGCUAUGUCAGUACACCAGUACGCAGCUAGAUUCAUCGAGUUAUCACGCUUUGCUGCAUAUUUGAUCCCUGAUGAGGAGAAGAAGGCUCUAUUUGAGCGGAGCCUUCAAAGAAGCGAAACACUACUGGAACAGAGGAAGAGGACUGCGCCACAGGGAUCUCAAUCUGCAGUGGAUCAAGGGCCGUGGAAAAAUAGAAAUGAUGGGAGCAGCUUGGGGCAAAAGCAAAUGCAAGUAAAUCAAUCGAACAGCCUCUGUAAGUUUUGUAAUCGUGCACAUACUGGAGAGUGCAGAAGGGAAAUGGGGGCAUGUUUUCGAUGCGGUAAGACCGGACAUCUUAUCAGGGAUUGCCCUUUGCUGCUGACAGAUAACAAGAAGCCUAACCCACAUCCAGGUUCCCAACAAGUGAAUCAGGUUAAUAAUCAACGUAGAAUGGGACCGGCCCGAGUGUUCGCACUAACAUCUGAAGAUGCUAAGAAUGACAACAAUGAGAUCACAGGCUCUGUUUCAUGA